UUUUUGUUGUUGUAUUUGUCAACACAUGUGGACAAAAAAAAUGCGAUUACAUUGACUGAGACGACAAACGCCAAGAUAGCAAUGUUGGCCACAAUUGUCGGACAACACGCCAAACAAAGCGCUGCACUAUUGAGACAAUCGUUAAACAUUGUUUGCGGUCACAAAUAUUUGGCCACCAAUUCUUCGGUAGGUUCGGUGCCCAAUGAAAAACUAUCGGAGUUUGAGUCGAUCAUUGCGGCCGAAAAGCUGAAGGCCAACAACUAUUUGCUUAUCGAAGACAAGUGUGAUGUACUAUCGCGGCUAACGCCGGCCACACUGAGCCAACUGCUUGAGACCCGUGUGGAUCGGGUCCAUAAGUGGCAGUUUUCUCAGAACAACUGUGCACUGGUCGAACUGUACGACCCGGACUAUCGGCUGAAUCGAUACAUUCUCCGAAAUUUCGGUAUAACCACCGACAAAAAACAGCCGCCAAAGUAUAACCUCAAGUUUUUGUCGCUUAACUCGUGUCCAAAGUUAUUGUUACCAACCAAUAGACACUCGACGGCGGCCAACAACAGUGGCCAACGUAGUGAAGUGAUUCGUGAGCUGACUUCUAGACGUCGGGACGCCUAUUAUCUGAACGCGUCGUUUAUGAAGCAAUCAUUUAAGACAAACGACGAGAUAAUGAAAUAUCUAGUCUCUGAUAAAGACUUUGAUGACUUAGAUUUGAAACUUAGGUUUUAUAUAAUAUCACAAUUAGAGCAAUACAUAUGUCAAUCAUAUUUUAAGUCAUACCAUAUAUUGCCGUUCGGCUCGUCUAUUGCAGGUUUAGGGACACCGAACAGUGACUUAGACUUAGUGUUGACACCGCGACAAGUGUCGGAUCCGACGCAAAGUUCCCGUGAAGAUGAUCGACAGCGACUCAAAUCUAACCUCAACCUAAUCGCCGAUCUUUUGCAAUAUUCGAUACCAUAUUAUUCACAUUUUUCGCGUAUAUUAUCAGCCAGAGUACCGAUCGUAAAGUUCGGUUUUGAUUUGGCGCCCAUCGAUAUUGACCUUUCCAUUGAAUUAUCGCCACAUUCUGUUCAUUCGGGUGUUUAUAUGUCUGCUUUUCUUAACUAUUGUAUUCGUCUUAAUCCAUGUGUCAGAGAUUUGAUCCUAUUUUUGCGACUUUGGGCCAAACAACACAAGCUAUUAAAACCCAAGAACUGGUCCACUCAUCUAAUAUACAAUGGUUUUACAUCAUUUCAAUUAACUUCUUUAGUCAUAUAUUUUUUGCAAAUCCAAAACAUUUUACCGCCAAUGAGUCACUUCAUGCAACCAUCGGGUCAACCAUUCAUAACAAACAAACAAAAUACAGAUACACUUGACCUGUUGGCCAAGUUUUUCGAGUUUGUUCUCUCAAUAAGCUAUCAAUGGGAGGCCAUAUCCAUAUUGAAUGCCCGAACUUAUGGUAAUCCUGACCAACAAUUGCCGAUUUGGAUGGAAAAUCCGUUUCAAACUGAACUGAAUAUGUGUAGAAAUAUUACACACGAAAAGUUUGAACGAUUUCUAGUGAUCGCACAGUUGUCGGCACAGAUAAUGACCUCUACCGACGGCUAUUCGUUGGCCGAUAUACUCGACAAAGAACUUUAUAUGAGUUCUCUGGCAAAUGGCGCCAAACUUUGCUCCAGAAUUGCAGUCAAAGACCUGUUCAAUGAAUGA